AUGGCGCUGUCGCGCGCGGAGCGGUUCGUGGCGCUGGUGCUGCGGGUGCUGUCUCGCGCCUGCCUGGCGCUCCUGGCGCUCGCGACCCCCGCAGCCCCGCGCGCUGUCCCCGCGCCGCGCCGCGCGCUCCUCCUGCUGCCCGCCAGGCGGCUCGCGGCCCGGCUGCGCGCGCGGAAGGUGACGUGCAGGGAGGUGGUGGAGGCGUACGUGGAGCGGAUCCGGGAGGUGAACCCCCUCAUCAACGCCGUGGUGAAGGACAGGUUCGAGGAGGCCCUGCAGGAAGCCCAGCAGGUCGACAAGCUGCUCGCAGAGAGCCCCGGCGAUGAGUACCUGGAGGAGAAGUUCCCGUUGCUGGGGGUGCCCGUCACCGUCAAGGAGGCCUUUGCCCUGCAUGGGAUGCCCAACACCUCUGGCUUGGUGAACCGCCGCAACGUGGUGGCCACCUCAGAUGCAGCAGUGGUGUCCCGACUGAAGCAGGCUGGUGCCAUCCCGCUGGGGGUGACCAACUGCAGCGAGUUGUGUAUGUGGUAUGAGUCCAGCAACAGGGUCUACGGCCGGACCAACAACCCCUAUGACCUGCAGAGGAUUGCGGGUGGCAGCUCAGGUGGGGAGGGCAGUGUCCUGGCUGCUGCCUGCUCCGUCAUCGGCGUGGGCUCCGACAUUGGUGGCAGCAUCCGGAUGCCGGCCUUCUUCAACGGCGUCUUUGGCCAUAAACCUACCACGGGGGUGGUGCCCAAUGAGGGGCAGUUCCCCAACGCUCAAGGGGUGAGGACCAACUUCCUGUGCACAGGGCCCAUGUGCCGCUAUGCAGAGGACCUGGAGCCCGUGCUGAGGGUCAUGGCUGGCCCUGGGGUCAACAAGCUGAAGCUGAAUGAAAAGGUGUCACUGGAGAAAAUAAAAUUUCACUGCAUGGAUCAUGAUGGCGGGUCCAUUUUUGUGUCACCUGUGGACAAGGAGAUCUUGCAGGCCCAAAAGAAGGUGGUGGAGUACCUCGAAAGCGAGCUGGGGGUCCAGGUUCAGCAUGUGGCCAUCCACAAGAUGAAGUAUUCUUUCCAGAUCUGGUCAGCCAUGAUGUCAUCCAAGGACAGUGAUGGGCAGGAGGCACAACAGUUCACAGACCUGCUGGGGGAUCAUGGGAAGCCGGUGUGGCCACUCUGGGAGCUGUUCAAGUGGCUCGUGGGGAUGUCCUCCCACACUCUCCCAGCUAUUGCCCUGGGGCUGACGGAGAAGGUGAUGAAGCUCAAUCCUGGUGGGAAUGCCAAGCUUGUGAGCAUGGGGAAGAGCCUGCAGAAGGAGCUGGAGGCACUGCUGGGGCCAGAUGGAGUGCUUCUCUAUCCUUCACACCCCACUGUAGCCCCCAGGCACAACUCCCCCAUAUGCAUGCCCUUCAACUUUGCCUACACAGCCAUCUUCAAUGUGCUGGGGCUGCCAGUGACACAGUGCCCGCUGGGCCUGAGCUCUGAGGGUUUGCCCCUGGGCAUCCAGCUGAUCGCAGCCUCCUACAACGACCACCUGACUCUGGCAGUGGCCCGCUACUUGGAAAAGGCCUUUGGAGGAUGGGUCUUACCUGGCAAAAUUUAGCCUGUGCUCCCAGCCCUGCGGGACAGGGAUGGUGGUGCCCUGUGAGGCAGUGGCAGAUGCUGAUGCCCGAUGCCCUCCUGGCACCGUCUGCUGCUUCUGCCCCUAGCCUGGCAGCCAGCGGCGGUGCCUCCAACCCCUGGGCAAGCCAGGAUGUGGCUGCUGGAGUCAUCUCCCCUUGGCAGCACCAGCCAGGAGCCGGGCCUGCCCUCCCCGUGGCCCUGCAGGCUGCAUCCUGCCCACAACAAGCACACCCAUCUUGUCCUGGGCACAGGGAUGGCUGCUGCUCUGCCACGCUUGCUGCUCUGAAGAGGCUGGGGAAGGUCGGGAAGAGUCGGGAAGGGUAUCUGGGGACACAGCACAGGGUCCUCCCCACCUCCUGACCGAAAAGGGGAGAGGGGCAGAGGGUGUUGGUGGCAUCCAUGGCUCAUCCUGCCAUUGGGGUGCCCUGGGGUGGGUGGUGCUGGGCUCAGCAGGAGAGCAGGAGCUUGGAGAGCUCUGCAGGCCCUCCACUGUGUACUGAGACUGCUGAAGCAUCUCCUGCCUGGGUCGUCCCCUUUUUCCCAGGGGUCACCCACCCAACCUGGUGGUCAGCAGCCCCUGCACCCCCCUCCCAAGUGGGUGCAGCCAUAAGUGUAGGCAGCUGCCUGUCCUGGGGCAGGCAUAAGGUGUCCUUGGUGAGGGAGGCAUUAAAAUCCAUCCAUUUUGCUGCCGGCUGAUUGUCC